UCUCCCCCCCUCUCUCUCUCUCUCUCUCUCUCUCUCUAGAGUUCACUUUUUGUGUUUAUUAUGCAGCUAUCUAUGCUUUACUGCUCUUGGCAUACUUCUGGAUAUCUUUUCUUUUCCCUUACACUUUGGUUGAUUAUUGGGGAAGUCUUUGUAUUAUACUGGUCACACCUUACCGUUUGUUAAAUUCGGUUGUUGGGUUUUGCUCUUAUAGAUUCAUGGUGGCUUUCAGCUCAAGAGACUGGAGGAUAUGAUUGCAUCUGCUUGCAGUUUGUUGGGUUUUUCUUUGAGUUCACUUCUCUGAGAUCUAGUGGGGGGUUUCAGUUUUUUGGGAUCAAGAUUGGGUUUUUGAGGUUUUUGUGAUCUUAAAGUUUGGAAUCACUAAUGGGGUGUGUGCCUUUUCCAACACUGGAUUGGGCUUUUAUCAAUGGGACUAGAGAUGGAGUUGGAGUUUGAUAAAAGUUGCAAGAUUGGUCUGAGUCCUAACACUGUUCUUCCAUCUCAUCGACGUUGCUCCAAUGUUGCAAAGGGAAACACAAAAGGGAAACCAAUGCGUAAAGAUGAUGUACUGAGCCUAAAGGAAGACUUCAUAGAGAUAAACGUUGGUCACUUUCGUAGUUCUUCUUGUAAAAGCAUUCCAUCUAGACCCGUUGGAGUGGAAGGUAACAUUGAGCUCAAGCGAGGUUCCAUUUAUCAAACUUCCAAAGAGGUAAGGAAAAUGAAGAAAAUAGGCUCUGUUGAGGGAGGGAGAAAUAUUGAAAUGUCUCGUAGUAGUGACAACUCUUUCUCUUUUAGAAUUGUUGACUCAUUAUGUGGUUCAGAUGAGGAAGACCUGAAGAAGAGAUCUCCGGUGAUAUCUCCGGAUCAGAAAUUUAGUCUGACAGAUGUUAGCGAGCCUUAUGCAGAGCCAUGCUCAUCAGAUGGCUUUGUUGGAAUUUGUCUGAAUUCAAAUGACAUGGAUAAACCUGCUGGUGCUCUGGGGAAAGAUUCAGUGGAUCUAAAGUUUCGAAGUGAUGAAGCGGUUCGCACAUUCCACAAGUCGCUCUCUGCGAAGGUGGAAAUGCCGCAUUCGCCUUCAACAUCCGAAAGUGAUUACUCCUCCAGAGCCAGCUCGAAGUCCAGAUUCAGCCCCAUCAGAAAGAUGUUUGAUCCAUUCAAGAAGUCCAAAUCUUUGCGAAGUCCUUUAGGUUGCAUAGUGGAAUCUGGUGGACUAAAAACAUCUGGGACAACGAACAUGAGGAGCAGAACAUCUAGGAAAUCUUUGCUGCAUGAUUUCUCAAAUGCAGAAAAGUUAUCAGAACUUAAUCCUCAGUUUGUCGAGAGAGAGAGACACCAUUCAGUUGUUGCAUGUUCACCAGUUCACCUACAUGGCUACCUCAAGUUGGAAUACAAACAUGGGGUGCCAUUUUUCGAGUUCUCUUUGAAGUGCCCAGAAGAUGUUUUUGUGGCCAAGACAUGGAAGACGGAUAAUGCUUUUAAUUGGGUUUAUACAUUCCACUCCAUUGAUGGUAGAAAGAAGAGCAAUGUCAGCGGAUGGAGAUGGAACAGCAGUGAAAAAGAUUCCUCCAUGGUGGGACAGAUGCAAGUUUCCUGUUAUUUAUGUUCAGAACUAAAAGGUGGUGGAGUUGUUGACAAUUCUGUGGUGACAGAGUUUGUAUUGUACGAUAUUGCACAUGCGAGACAAAGUGUUGCAGCCCUAGAAAAUGGUAACCCUGAUGCUGAUAAAGCUGUCAAAGGUUCUAAUCCAGGCUUGGUUAAGGAAACUUUCGACGAUGAUAGGUCUGCUCCAGUGAAGCUUAAACUACAACAAAGACAAGCCUCUGAGAAAGGUGAUUUUGGUUGUUCAAAUUCCUACCCUUGGUCCUCUGCAGAAUUGCAUCCAGACCUUGAAAUUGCAGCCAUUGUUAUGCAAGUCCCAUUAGAAAAGAGAGAGAGCUUUACAUACAAGGGCGGGGAUAAGGUUACUGAGAAAGUGAUCCCAAACCUACUUAAUCGUUCUAUGAUUGAGCAGAGGAAAAAGGACCGCCAUGACAGCAGAAGUCCAGAAAAAGUGAAGGUGUUAGUUCCAACUGGAAACCAUGGCUUGCCAAGUGCUGAAAGUCGGGGCCCUUCAUCAUUAUUAGAUCGAUGGAGAUUAGGUGGAGGCUGUGACUGUGGUGGCUGGGACAUGUCCUGUCCCCUCACUGUUUUAGGCAAUCCAUGUGUUCAAUGUGCUGGAGAUCGACCACUACUGGACAAUCAGCAGCCUUUGGAGCUUCAUGUUCAGGGAGCGAAAGAGAAUACACCGGCACUGACCAUGACUUUUGUUGAAGAGGGAGAGUAUGCAGUUGAUUUUCAUGCACAAUUAUCCACAUUACAAGCAUUCUCCAUUUGUGUUGCCAUUUUGCAUGGCACAGAAGCUUCCACUGAUGCCAGGAAGGACAGAAACAAACAGUUAUCUCAAAGCAAUUCAUUGAAAGUGCUUAUUGAUGAUGGAGUGGAACUUUUGAUUGAAGCAGUCACUAAUGAGGAAAAGACAAAAGUCACUAAGAUGGUAAAAGAAAUCCCACCGUCUUAUGUGCUUAACCCACCCUUUUCGCCAAUUUCUCGAGUAUAGAAUAUCGACUCGACCAGCUUGCUUCGAACACGGCAAGGGCAUCUCUGGAGGCUUGGAUCCCAGCAUAUGUUUAGAGAUGACCCCAUGACUUCAGAGGAAAUAUGGAGGAGGAAAAUCUCCAAAUCUCCCUAGAUGUCCACAGGGGUGCCAGUUCCUGGGGUUGACACUCAGCUUCGGGGGGUGUCAAUCUCUUACUGCCAUCGGCUCAACAGUCAGCAGCAUGCUCAUAAACUAAAAGCGUGUCUUAGAAUCUGUGGGACUGUUUGGAGAUGUGGGGGUAGCUGAGGGCUAUUUCCAUAGGGUUGUCAAAAUCCUUUUGUUAUAUUAUUCCAUUCAUUCUUCAAUUCUAUAGUAAAAGAUUAAACAGAGAAAAGAACAUUGUCCAUAUUGUAACUUGAUAGAGAGGGAAUAGAAGUAAUCAUUAGAUUGUCAAGAGCUAGUAAUCCUUUCUCUUUUGCCUUUGUUUUUUUUGUCUCAAGAAGGAUGUAGUGCUAAGGAAACUAGAUCGAAAGAUUCGAAACUUUGUUCAGAAGAAGUUGUCA